AUGACUCUCUCUCAUUCUCUCUUCUUGGCUCCCUUACUCACUUUUUUUCUCUCGUUUGAUUUCUUUACGUUUUCUUUCUUUCUUUCUUUCUUUCCUUCUUUCUUUCUUUCAUUCUUUCUUUCUUUCUUUCUUUCUUUCUUUCUUUCUUUCAUUCUUUCUUUCUUUCUCCCAUUCAUUUCUUUCUUUCUUUCUUUCUUUCUUUCUUUCUUUCUUUCUUUCUUUCUUUCUUUCUUUCUUUCUUUCUUUAGUUUUCACUCUCUCAUUCUUUCUUUUUUUUUCUUUCUUUCUUUCUUUCUUUUCUUUCUUUCUUUCUUUCUUUCUCCCGUCAGAUUUCUUUUCUUUCUUUUUUACUCUCUCUCGCUUGAUUUCUUUUCUCGUAUUCAUUCUCCCUUUAGAUUCAUUUCUUUCUUUCUUUCUUUCUUUCCUUCUUUCUUUCUUUCUUUCUUUCUUUCUUUCUUUAGUUUUCACUCUCUCAUUCUUUUCUUUCUUUUUGUUUUCUUUCUUUUUUUCUUUCUUUCUUUCUUUUCUUUUCUUUCUUUCUUUCUUUUUUCUUUUCUUUUUCUCCCAUUCAUUUCUUUCUUUCUUUUUUUUUUCUUUCUUUCUUUCUUUCUUUCUUUUCUUUUCUUUCUUUUCUUUUUUUUUUUUUCUUUAGUUUUCACUCUCUCGUUUGAUUUCUUUCUCGUUUUCUUUCUCCCGUUAGAUUCUUUCUUUCUUUCUUUCUUUCUUUCUUUCUUUCUUUCUUUCUUUCUUUCUUUCUUUCUCAAACUCGGUUUCUCGUUUCGGUCUAAAUACACGGAAACCAUUAUCUAUUUCAUGUUUCUGUGUAUAUUUCUGUCUGUUCAUAUCUAUCUAUCUAUCUAUCUAUCUAUCUAUCUCAGUCUGCUCAUCUCGAUCUAUUUCAGUCUGCUCAUAUCUAUCUAUCUAUCUAUCUAUCUAUCUAUCUAUCGUAGAGGAUUAAUAUCUAUCUAUCUAUCUAUCUAUCUAUCUUAA